AACUGUAUCUAUUUGCGAGUUUUAUUGAACAAUUUAGCAUUUUUUCACAAUUCAAAGGAGAUUAAAUGGUUUAAAUUGAAUAAGAAGUUUAUUUUUAAAUUGUCCCAAAAUGAAAAACUGUCAAUCAGCUGUUUUUUGUGGUUUUGUAUAUCCUAACCUCAAAAUGUUGAGGAGGAUUUUAGUGGCUGCUGUUUAUCGGGAAUUUCCCCACCGGACAGCUGUGAAUUUCCACACAACAGCCUUCAGAGCUCUCAACAGGAAGCAAAUAACCGAAAGAGUUCAUCCAUUUUCUCAUAUAAAUGUGAAUUUGAAGAAAGUUUCCCAAGUGAAAAUCCUCCCGUACGACCUUUUGGACUGUCCGGAUGCUAAUCUUCUCAGGGCUACGGUUACCAGCGACACGGCAGAGCCCCGGGUAGCCAUCGAGGUGCAAGACAAUGAUGUGCAUGUGACGGAUGAAGGAUCAGAGGCCUCAGAAAUUGUCCUAGAGAUCCCUGUAAAAGCAGACUUGACAGUGGAAUUGGAUGGGGCUCUGGAAGUGUCUGAUUUGCACAGUGAUCAGUUAGCUGUAAAGGCAGCCAAAGGGAUAAAGACAAAAAAUCUCAGGAGCGAGAACAUCCAGCUGCACAGUGGAGGGAAUGUCGAGUGCAGAGGAUUGACACUUGGGUAUCGAGUGCAGAUCAAAGCGGAGAAUUCUGGGAAUAUCUCCUUGGAGAAGAUUCAAGGCGAGGAACUGCAAGUGGAUUCUGACUCUGGGACAAUUUCCACGGAAUCCUGCUACAGCACAUUCUCCAAAUUCACUUCCAAGUCUGGGAAUAUGGCUCUGAACAGCGUCCAUCGGACAACGGAAGUGAACAUCCUGGAGCAGGGAAAUCUCCAAAUGUGCGGCUUCAAUGGGACGCUGCUGGUCAAGGUGCGACGGGGAAAUGUCCAAUUGCAGCUGGCAGAGCUCUGGGGAGAGAAUGUGGUCAUCACGAAUGAUUCUCAAGAGGUUUCUGUGAAUGUGGCAGACGCUGUCGUGGACUCAACUUACUUCCAUGCAGCUGCUACGGACGUUCAUCUGGACGAGACACUGAAGCAUCUUCGUGGAGAGAAGGAAACCGGGGCUACGACUCUUGGCCAGAAGGACCUCCCUAAUAAAAUCUUCAUUCAGACAAAGGGACGCUUGGAAAUCAGGAGACUUUCCUGGGUUGAUGCAAUAAAACUCAAGAUGUAGACUUUAAAAAAUAUUUUAUUGGAUUUCAGAAGCAUUUUCUGCUAAUCUUCAGCUGCUUCCGCUUCCCUGGAAAGGAAAAAAAAUAAAUGUUUUAGAAGAGGGUCUUCAGGGACUCCUGAAAUGCAUUUCUUGGGCAUUUUCAGUGAGGGCAAGUUGUAAUCAUUUCUUUGUAAUAAUAGCGUAUAUUAAAAAAUCAUCAUGUACUUUUUAAAUAUUUAUUAAACUAUUUAAAAACUUA